AAAGACGAAACGAAAAUAAUCCGUCUUUCGCAUAAGGUAACGGCACUGUAACGGUAAAAUCGAAAAUGAAAUCGUCUACACAUGAUCAAAUGGCGUCUCCACGAAUGUCUGGGCGGACAAAUUGUUUUGCUGUAACACUUUUAGAAGGUGACAAGCCGGAACUAUAAAAACAUAACCUAAAACAACACAGAGUGUAAAACACACAAAACCAUAAAAACAACAACAACAGUGACAAGAACAAAAAUACCAUCUGCCACUGACAAAGUGUGGAAAAUGUUAAAGAAAUUCCAGAAACUAUGCGACAAAAACCAUGUGAUCUCAAAAUCAUGCAAAAACACCACUGAAUAAAGUGGGAAAAAUACAGCAACAGCAACAAUAAUACCAACAACAGCGACAACGACAACAAACAAGUAAAAAUAUGCAAAUAACCGCAUGCCAAGUGUUGUCAUAAUAAAUGAAAUAUGCAAAAGUUUUUUCUUCUUCGUCGUCUCCAACAACAACAACAACAACAAAAUGACAAAAACCAUACAAAUAGGUGCUUUUUUGUGCGCGAGCUCCAUUUAAAGUUAAGUAAAUAAAAAAAAAUACCCGCCUGUUUUGAGAGCGUGAUAAUAAAAUAAAAAAAAAAGCAAGUGAAAAAUAUAGAGAUUUGCAAACAAAUAUGCUCGAAGCUAACAACAAAUAACUUAAAUACAAUUAUCAUCAUCAGCGUCAGCGACAUCAUCAUCAUCAUAAUCCUCAACAUCAAUGACAUUUGUAUGAAGUCAUCACAACAACACGGGAAUUUUUAUUAAUUCUGCUGGCUUAGCAACAUUUGUCAGCAGCGGCAGCAGCAUCAUUCUCAGCAUCGUUGACAACAGCAACAUUGCGUUACAUUUGCAGCCAGUCGCCCCAUUAGAAACUUCAAUAUCAUCGCAAAAUGGAUGUGGUCGCAAUAUUUAUGUACAUUUGGAAUAUACUUCUGUUAUACGGAUUUUAUGUUUCAGGUACAUUAUUGAAUACCAACGAAUCUAGCAUCAGCAACAACAGCAACAACAACAAUACAACUACAAGAUUAAGGCUAAGCUUUCAACUGAAUAACAAUGUCAUAAAUGUUAUGGAAACCGAACAGGCGAACAACAAAGUGUCAUUGUCGUCGUCAUUAUCAAUGGCCACGACACCAGGGCCACCAUCACCACCGCCACCACAAACAACAGCAAUUGCAUCAAAAAGAGUAGAAGUGGAAGUGGACGAAGAAAAUAAAAAGUCCAAAGGACUGACAACGUCAACUGCUGCAUUAACUAUACGGCAACAACGGCCCGAUGAACUUUUAUCAUCACCAGUGCUGGCGUCCCACUCCAUUGCCCCGACAUCUUCAUCUACAUCCGAAGCAUCAAAAUCACCAGCAUCACAAGCAGCAUCAGUGUUAUUGCUGUCAACAACAGCGGCGACGACAACAGGAGCAGCUUUAGAAACCUCAACAGCAACAACAUUGUCUUCCAUUCAAGCAGACACUGAAAGUGCCCGCACAAUAGAAGAACAAAACUUGCACCAUCAUCAUAGUCCUGAUCAUCCGAACUCCUCUCCUCCUCCUCCUCCUGCCAAAAAGCAACAAUAUGUUGUUGGACCGGCCACAGACAAUGCAACAUUAACUGGCAACAUGACAUCAUCAGCAGUAGAAGUAACAUUAUCAAGACGAAAAACGUUAGUUAAUGAAAAUGAUGGCCAAGGAGACAUGUUGUUGUUGCCACACCAGCAUGGCCAUGCAAAUAUCGGAAGGACAACAGCAGCAGCUGACCACAAGUACACUUCAGCUGAACAUUUAUCUAAGUCGGCGGUGUCAACGCCAGAACUGGUCAUUAUUGCACAACAAAUGGAGAAAUCGACAAAGAAGCAGAAGAAGAAGACGGCGAAGAAGGAGGAGGAGGAAAACUAUUCUGGUCAACCGUCAUUAGGGAGAGUUGGAAACGAUGAUCACCAAAGUCAGUCCAUGGAACUUGAAUUAAUGAAGGUAAAUGGGACAAUGGCAUAUGGUUAUGUGGCGGCCACAACAACAACAACAGCAAAAGCAACAACAAUGAGCAUGGUUAAUGGUAACCGAAUCCAGGAUUCAAAUGUAAAUACUCGAGCUAUGAAUGAUGCUUCAGUUCCGCAUGGCCAUGACCGGCUAGAGGUAAAUGAUGGUUAUGCCACAGAAAUGGUGCUGGUUGCAACACAAACGAUUACCACAGAAGCAACAUAUUCAUCUCCAGAAACAACAAAAACAACAACAACAACAAAAGCAUCCUUUAAGCACAACACUAACCAAGCCCAGGCACAACCAGCAACAACAACAACAACGAAUUACUACCAAAGCCUUUUUCAUGAACCCUUGCCGUUACAUGACCAUACAGCAGCCUUGGUUGCAGACACCAUCAGCAGCCGGAGCCAGUACAUCAGUUUAAUUCGAGCUCCAUUGUACACGUCUGUCAUGAGGCCCUCAACAGGAACCUCAACAGCCACAGCAAGGCUUGUCGAUAAGCCUGCCUCCAUGUUAGGGGUGCUGGGCACUUCACCGCUGGUGCAGGGUGAAGAGGCUGCAAGUAAACAUCAUUCCAUUAAAAGCAAUAAUUCUUCAACCUAUGCAAGUACUUUGCAUAUGGCUGACGAAGAGCACAACUCUGCAUCUAAUGCCCGAACAUCUUCAGCAAAUGGCAUAACAAACUCACAUUCGUCAUUGGCAUAUGGCCGAGGAACAGUAACUACAUUAAUAACAACAACGUCCAGGCCAUCACUGGGAUCUGCAGCAGGCUCGGCAUCAGCAGCUGCCUCUCCAUCAAUAACAACCACAUUAGCAAAUGGAAAAUCUUCUGGUGCUUCUGCCAACAAUAAUAUGACAACAACAACAACAACGCCAACACCGAGAUCAACAAUUCCUACCCCAACACCACCGCCCACAUCAAAGACACCGAAACCAACUCGUCGUCGUCCAGCUGCAACGACCACACUGAAGCCACCGCCAACCAUAGAUGAUUAUCAAAUAGUGACAAGUCAAGCCGGUACUCAUGCCUAUUUACCCUGCAAUGUAAAGCAAUUGGUCAAAAAACCCAUAUCAUGGCUGCGGGUACGAGAUGGACACAUACUGACCGUUGACCAAACAACAUUCAUUGCCGAUCAGAGAUUUCAAUCUAUUUUCACUGUAAACCCCGAACGCUGGUCAUUGCAAAUCAAAUAUGUGCAAUUAAAGGAUGCAGGCAUUUAUGAAUGCCAAGUGUCCACGGAGCCAAAGGCCAGCGCCAUUGUGUAUCUGCAUGUGGUCGAGCCCAAAACGGAAUUAUUCGGAGAACCUACACGUCAUGUAAAGGCCGGAAGUCAAGUGAAACUGCUGUGCAUAAUUAGCCAAGCACUGGAGCCGCCAUUAUUCAUUAAUUGGUUUUAUAAUCAGAAACAAAUAUAUUUGCAUAAUCGCAAAGGAUGGCGUACAGAAAUUGAACGCAUUGAAUUGCCGCCGGAUACAACGACGACGACAACAACAACAACGACCACUACGACAACAACAACCACCACAACUACUGCAAUGCCAAGUACAACUACAGCGGGUAGCAGUUCUUCUACUCUUACUCCCAUGGCUGCCCCCAGUGGUGCCACAAUUUCAGGCGGCGUUGUUACCCCAGCGAUUACAACAAUGCCAGCCAGUGGUUUUAGUGGCAGCCGUUCAUCAUUGAUAAGCGGAAGUGAAAUUCCAGCAGUUCAUAUUUUAACAACCAUAACUCCGCAAUCAUUAAAUGAUGGUAAUCUUUUAGACAUGGUGUCAGAAUCCGCAUACCAAACCCAGCAGCACCACCACCACCACCACACUAAUUUAAUACAACCUGAAGCAGCCUCAUCAAAAAAUUCACAGAAACAUGGGCCAGCGACAUCAAAGGCAGGCAUGGGAUCGAGCUCAUCAUCAUCGGCAUCAUCAGCGGGCUCAACAACAACUGUGGGCACCACUCCGACCGCCAAUUCUCCCUCAACGGAUGCCAAUGAGGCAGCCGCCACGCUAAUAUCAACAACGCCAGCUGACGAAGAAGAUGCUGAUGUUGUCGAUGAUGACGAGUACAGUCAAAGCUCAACUAUUAUAAAUGCAGCAGCAGCGGCAACAUCAAUGCCAUCCCACGAAUCACUGGUGGCGGCAGCCGCUGCCGAACGAGGCUACAUGAUGUUGUCAACACUGAUGACAGUUACUGAUGUUAAGCAGAUUACGACUGCUUCAUUAAUUAUACCAUCGGUGCAGAAGCAGGAUUCUGGAAACUAUACAUGCAGUCCUUCAAACAGUGAACCACGUACAGUUAUUUUACAUGUAUUAAAUGGUGAGUACUCAGCCUCGGCCAUUACAUCGGGAGCCACAACAAAUAUCAAAUUGCAGCAGCGAACUCUAAUUAUUCAACUGUUUGUGAUUUUUACAACAACAAAUUAUAUAGCGCUAAUUUGUGGGUUUUCUACAACAGCUGACAUCAGGAGAAGCUAUAGUGGUGGUUAAAUUUAAAUAUACAUUAAAAAUAUGGUAAUUACAGCAAAAGAAAAAACAAAUACAUAUUUUUAUCUCUGUUAUUAUAUAUAAAUUGAAUGUAUAUUAUAGUUUUUUAGUUUUUAUUUUUUUAUCUUUUGAAUUCGAUUCUAUUCUAAAUUUAUCUGUAACAAAACAAACCUAAAUUAAUCGGUUAGUUGAUUAUGUCACAAAAGACUGCCUUAAUUUAAAAAAAAUGGAGGAAAUCAAAUUUACGAAUGUAUCAUAACAAAAUACAUACUUGCACACAUACAUACAUACAUUCUUACACACACUUGCAUACGCAUACGCAUACAUGGAAAUGUAAUAAAAUUAUCGUUUUUUAUUUUCGACCAAUGUAUUACCAUUAUGUAAUAAUAAGUGAUUAUUUAUACACACACAUAUAUAUAUAUAUGAUAAUGUACAUAUACUUAUAUUAAGUAAACUAGUUUAAAAAUUUAGUUAUAAUCUGUUCACUAUUCUGGAAAAUUAUCACAAACAAACAAAGCAAAAACAACAACAACAACAAAAAACAGAAGGAAAACAAAA